AUGGCCGAGCCUCUCCUUGCCCUUGCUGCACAGGAAAUUGAGGACAGCAACUACCUCCCAGGUUACCGGAUCAACCUGCACUUGACCGACUCCGGCUGCGAUGAGGCCAUAGCAACGGAGGCCACCAUCGAGGCCCUCACCCGGGGACCGCGCAAGCACGCGAUUUUGGGCGACUCCUGCAGCCAGGCCUGUGCCGCGGUAAGCGAUGCUGCGCGCCUCUUCAAGGUGCUCCAGAUCUCACCCGGAUGUGAUUCACCAAGCCUCAGCGACCGGCAACGAUACCCCUAUUUCGCGCGGAUGGCUCCCUCUGACCGCUUUAAGGUCACUGCCAUCUAUGAGGUCUUCAAGAUGUUCUCUUGGAAACGUGUCGGCGUCAUGGAUGGGCCUAUCUACACAAUCGGUGCAAAGGAAUUCUUUCUGGAGCUCGUUCAGCGGGACCUGGAUGCGGGUACCUACAACUGGACGGUUCUGCUGGACCGACGUGUCAACAGCCUUGCGGACGCUCAAAGCGCAGCGGAUGAGGUGAAAGCGCGUGACUCGCGAAUCAACAUGAUGGUCCUCCCGGAGUACAUCGGCAUGUGGGUCCUGUGUCAGUUCUAUUUGCGCGACAUGCUGCCUCCCCACUAUGUCUGGUUCAUCGCGGUAUUUGGCAACUGGGUCAACAACAUCACAGCCAUCAUGGCUGGCACGCCGGAGUGCCCCUGCACAGCUGAUCAGCUGGCUAGGGUUUCUGGAGGUCUUAUGGUCAGCGGCCGAUCGCCGAUCCAAAGCACCAGCGAACUUCAUGGGCUUUCAGGCACUAGGUUGAGUGACAUUUGGAACUUCUACAACACCCAGUGCCAGGCAUUUGCCAAUGGACUAGGAGCUUGCGAUUACUUGUGGACCGGGUACUUUUACGAUGGCCUUUGGCACUUGGCCUCCCUCCUACACACCUACCUGGUUGAGCAAAACCAUUCACUGUCGGAGCUAGGAACGAUAGCUUCCCGGGCAGCUUUGUAUGAGUUGUCCCUCGGGAAAGACUAUGUGGGCUUGACGGGGCGGGUCCGGCAGUUCAACAGCAUUGAGCCGACGACCGUCCCUCCCUCCUUUGGUGAUCGCGAUGGGGUACAACUCCUCCGGCAGAUCACUGGCGGACCUGGCAAUGAGUUCACGGAACUGGCGCAACGAACCACAGCGGGGAUUUUGUGGCUUGCUGAUUUGGUGUGGAGUCCCUAUGACAGCAAGUCGGUCCCUUGUAGCAACGGCACUUGUGCUUUGGAAGCUGCCUGGGUGCCAUCAGACCGCAUUGCUCAGUGUCCCGCAGGCACUGUCUUCUCUGUGCAGCUUGGCUGCGUGGCUUGCGAGAAGGGGAGGUCUGCUGCAGCUGGGAAGCUGGAGUGCGAGCCAUGCAAUGUCGGCACAUUUGCCAACGUCUCUGGCCUCGGAGCUUGCCAUCCUUGCGCCACGGGGACCUUCAACAACGUGCUUGGAGCAGAUGGGUGUGAGCUGUGCAGCCAGGGCUUUUCUGCGAACGAGACGGAGUCAACGUCCUGCACCAAAUGUCCGAUUGGUCGUUAUGCAGCUCAGAAGGGACUUGCAGAGUGUGAGGAAUGUCCACCGGGGCGGACGACCACUUUUUCAGGCGCCGUUGACAUCGAGGCAUGCCAAUGCCAGGGUGAGUUGUUCCAGGGUGAAUGCAUCGUUUGCUCUGGGAACACGCGCUACGAGUCUGGCCAGUGCCUGCAAUGCCUCGAAGGCUUGACCUGCAACGGAGGUCGUACUGCGGUGGUGCAGUCCGGCUACUUCACAUCUUCAAGUGCUCCCUUCGAUGUGUACAAAUGCCUUCCAGUGGAAUUCUGUCCGGGUGGCUUGCCCGGAACAUGCUACGGAGGACGCGUCGGAGUGCCUUGCACCCAGUGCCCAGCUGGCCAGGCCUGGGAUACAAACGCUUGUGCAGAAUGUACGUCCCUCGGCCUUGCUGGCUGGUUGGCCGGAGCUACAGUCGGCGUCAUUGCCGUUCCGGCGCUCUACUACAUGAUGAACAUGAGGCAGUCCGCGAAAGCCACGACGAUGUUGGCCACUUCAUGCGCACUUGCAAUGACCAUCAGCAUGCUUCAGAAUGUUGGCAUAGUGGGUUACAUAUCAUUCACAUGGCCGUCACAGCUGCAGUGGAUGUUUGACUUGCUGAGCAUCUUCACCUUGGACUUGCAGGCAGUGGGCUUCGACUGUGUGUCAAGCUCACCAGUGGCCGGCUACCAUCUGACUGCCAUCAUGCUGCCUUGUGCUUUGGUGUGGCUCAUCAUCUGCAGCUUCCUCAGCAGACUCUUGCCGGCACGGUGGCGGUUCGACAAUGCAAAGCUGGUCAGCACCCUGGGUCAAUUCAUGCAGGUCUCCUUCACCAUCUACAGUAAGAUAGCGCUGUCGCCAGUGAUGUGCUACUCACAUCCCAAUGGCAAGAGCGGGAUGCUAGAGCACAACGGCAUUUUCUGCUUCGAGAGCGCUGAGCACACACCCAUGUUUAUCGCCGGUAUGCUUGUGCUCUUCGGCAUGAUCAGCUUCUAUGCCCUAGCCAUUUUCGCCACAGUCAUCGCACCGAAAAGGGCCUCGAGCGGCGAUGCAUGGUUCCUUGCAGCAACUCGCUUUCUGCUCUUCCGCUUCCGUAGUGACAGCUGGUGGUAUGGCACUUUCAUGAUGCCUCGAGGUUUGCUGCUUUCACUUGCCAUUGUGGCCGCGGGUGACAACCCCUAUGUGCAGAUGUUGAUCAUUGUGACCGUCAUGAUGACUUACAUGGUUGUGCAGCUCAUGACGUGGCCCUGGAAGUUGCCAGCCCUGAAUGCCUUUGACGCGACCAUUAGUUUCAGCCUCAUUCUGAUGAUGGCCAUUCUCGGAGCAUUCGCACCCGACCUGAGCCAAGACACGAUGCGGCAGCUUACAAAUGUCGUGAUUGGCAUCAUCUUCUUCCUGAAUGGCAUGGUCUUCCUUAUGCUCGGCAUAACACUGUCCGCGCUGAUCCGGUUGAAUGUCAUGGGCGGAUCUCAAGAAAGCGUGCUGCUGGCUCUCGGACCCAUUCCUCAGCCGCAAGUUCUCAGCGAGAAGCUCUCCCUUCUGUCGCAACGGAUCCAGGAAUUGGGUGAGAACAACCUCAGAAAACUCCUGGAGAACCUUUCCAUCUACGACUUGCGGAUGACGGCACAGAUCAUGACGGCUGUAGGCUCCGAGGUGGGGGAGGCGUCCUUGCUGCUGACACAGCGAUCACAGCUGAUGUCCACGUCGUCCAAGAUUUCCGCCAGCAGGUUGAAAGACUUGCCUUCGAUGAGCGCGUCCUCCGAGCAGGCGCAACAGGAGAUGGCGCCGGCAGAUGCCGAAGACCAGAGCAGAAUAAUUGCAGAUACUGCUCCGUCCAAAUCCGCGUGGUUGUAG